AUGAUGAACGGCUGGGACGAGAAGCAGCACCUGGACGACGACGCCUUUGGGGCGAAGGGGAACAUCGUCAGCGCUUUCGAUGCCUUUCCCAAGGCGAAACCACAGUAUGUGACGCGCACAGCUGGCGGUGGAAAAUGGACUGUCGCGAUGACGGUCAUAUCAGUCUUCCUUUUCUGGUCUGAACUUGGUCGCUGGUGGCGUGGUACCGAAACGCACACUUUUGCCGUCGAGAAGGGUGUACUGCACGAGAUGCAGAUCAACAUGGAUAUUGUCGUGCGCAUGCACUGCGAUGACCUUCACAUCAACGUUCAAGAUGCGGCGGGUGAUCGUAUUCUCGCAAGCAGCAUGCUCAAGCGCGACAAGACCAACUGGUCUCAGUGGGUGGACAGCAAGGGAAUCCACCGCUUGGGGAGAGACAGCAAGGGCAAGAUUGACACCGGCGCCGGCUGGCAGGAGGAGGAGGGUUUCGGGGAGGAGCACGUCCACGACAUCGUGUCGCUCAGCAAGAAGAGGGCCAAAUGGGCCAAGACACCCAGGCUCUGGGGCGACGGCGAUAGCUGCCGCAUCUACGGCAACCUCGAUGUAAACAGAGUGCAGGGUGACUUCCACAUCACCGCCAGAGGCCACGGCUACAUGGAGUUUGGGGAGCAUUUGGAUCAUGCCGCUUUCAACUUCUCACACAUCAUUUCGGAGAUGUCCUUCGGUCCAUUCUACCCCUCGCUUGUGAAUCCCCUGGAUCGCACGGUCAACCUCGCCAGGAUCAACUUCCACAAGUUCCAGUACUACUUGUCCGUGGUUCCCACCGUCUACUCUGUCGGCCACUCGUCGUCCAACCUCAUUUCCACAAACCAGUAUGCCGUUACAGAACAGAGCAAGGAGACCGAUGACCACAACAUUCCCGGUAUCUUCUUCAAGUACGACAUUGAGCCCAUUCUGCUAUCCGUGGAAGAGUCCAGAGACGGCUUCCUCCAGUUCUUGAUGAAGAUUGUCAACGUUAUCAGCGGUGUUCUGGUUGCCGGCCACUGGGGUUAUACCCUCACCGAGUGGUACAAGGAAGUCAUGGGCCGGCGGAGAAGAGAGAGAAACGAGGGUUUCAUUGGCACGAAGAGCUCAGAGUACGAUCAGUAG